AAUGACUGACUAUCACACAUGAAAACAACAACAGAUCUUCAAACACUACAUGAAUGCAGAAUGACUUUGCCUAAACAAAGAAUUUUGCUUGUAGUGCGCCAUCUGUGGGGAGACACUAGAACUACAAGAAAAAUGAAAUAGUUGACGGACCGCAUGUGGCCCCCGGGUCAUAGUUUGCCCACCGCUGCUCUAGCAUGUAUUUGUAUAGUACACUUUUACUUCCUACUCAAUUUGAAGGCAAAGUAAAACAUAAAUAUGACUAAUCUAUUCAAUCCUUAUAAAUUACUGCUAUCAAGAUGUACAACAGUAUAGAAACACUUAACUGAGAACUUUUUUUUAUUGAAUUGUUUCCUUUUUUAUUUUUAUUUUUUGCUUAGUAAGGUUUUUUCAACUUUGAGUUCUCUCUUUAAUAGGAUUUUCUUACAUGAAACAAGUUCCAAGCUCACUUUACUGAACAGUUGACAUUUUUGCAUUAAAAAAAUCAUCUUAAAUCUUUAUUAAAAAUAUAUAUGUAUUGCCUAAAAGUCAAUGAAAAAUGCAGAGUGAUAAAUAUUGGGUUGGAACUUGGAGGCCGCACAAGCCAAGAGGACCUGUGGCUGCUCUCUAUGGGAGUCCAGGACCGAAGUAUGCUUUACCUGGACUCAUCGGUAGUUCUCAUCAUGACCCUACAAAAUGCAAAGCACCGGUGUUCUCCUUUGGUACUCGCUAUGAGAAGGCAAAUUCUAACUUAUCUCCUGGACCAACUUACUUAAUCCCCUCUAACAUCACCCGACGGGGGAGAAACGCCACACCUGCCUUUUCAAUUUCCAGUCGCUCAAAGCAGCCAUUGUUGUUCCGAGCACCAGGACCAGGCCAGUACUCCCCGGAGCAUUCGGAAAAGCUAAUUUUCCAUUCACCGCCUGCUUAUUCUCUUUCUGGAAGGACUAAAGCUUGGAGUGCUUCUCAAUCACCCGGUCCAGCCACCUACACUCUGCCCCCCAUGCUGGGGCCGAAGACAGCUGUCACAUCUUCAUCACCAACCUACUCACUCUGUGGCCGCAACAAAAAUGGAAGCUUUCACGAGGACACGUCAAAGACUCCAGGUCCAGCUGCUUACAAAGCUGUAGACCCUUAUAUUUACAAGGAGAAACCCCCACAGUUCAGCAUGACAGGCAGAAACUUCACUCCAGGGGAAGCAGCACAGAAACCAGGCCCAGGGGCAUACUAUCCUGAGAGGGUCACCUUUACAAGAACCAAAGCUCCAAGCUUCACCUUUGGACUGCGUCAUUCCCAAUAUACCUCACCUUUUAUCACGGACAUGGAAUCCUAAUGGAAAGAACGGUCUUUAAUCAAGCAAAAUUCUCAAGAUUGUUGUCGAUUUGAUUUUUCUUGACACUUAAAUCUAUUUUAUUUUUCACUAUUUGGACAAAGAUCAAGACUAAAAAAAACUACAAUAAAAAAAGUUAUUUUUAAACAAGUCUUUAAAUUAAAAGAUAAUGUACCCUU